GCCACAGGAUUCCAUAGAAGGUAGUAUGUCAGUUAAAGUGGAAUCAUAGUGCUAUAACUCUGCAGUAUGAAACAGCCCUAAGUCUAAAAUUGACUGGCUUAAUAGUACAACUAUUGUUGAAUGUAAUAAAAAUAAAUAAAUAUUUCAUUUCUUUGUAGUUCUUUCACCGCCCUUGGGAAUGGUACAAAUGACUGUGCAGAACUACAUGAGAUCCUUACACCGGUUUUCAGAAAUGCCUGUUCUCUCAAGAUGGAACAGCAUGAGCUCAUCUCUUCCUCUCCCCAAUACUCCAAAAAGUAUCACUGAGUGGCUAGAUUUCUCGGAAAAGGAUCCAGUAGAGGUUUUGCUGGAUUUGGGGUUUGGCACUGAUGAACCAGACAUCUGCACUAAAAUCCCUUCUCGCUUCAUCAGUUGUGCAUCCACUGCUAAAGGAAUCAAUAUCCUUGUCUUUAUUGAAGCCCAAAGGCAGCGCAUGGAUUUAGAAAGCCCCAAUUUGUGUGGACGUUUUCGACAACUGCAAGUCCUGGACCACGUGACUAGUGCCUUUUCCUCUUUGCUGAGCGAUGUCAGUGCCUUGCAGCAGAAACCAGAAGACAAAAACAGAGAGAAAACUGCAGUAGACUCUCUGAAGGAGAAAACGGUAUUCACACAGAAAAAGAGGAGAAGAAUAGGUCAGCUCCUGAGGAAAGCAUCCAGGCAGACAAGUAUUCAGGGUCCUCAAGCUUAUCGAAGUGCUGGUCCAUGCAAGUCCAAAGAAGACUGCUGUCCUGCUGCUGAUAUAGAUAGUACUGCCUUGGUCUCUCUGAAAGAAGAACUGUUCCCAAGUGAGGAGAUCAAAGAGGCAAUUAAUGUAACUCACUUUCUACACGCCAGAGCUAGCAAAACCUGGGCAUUACCUCAUCUACCUAUAAAGCAGUCCCAUCUUCCUUCCUGCUCUGAAAUGGCUCUUAAAGACAGACCACGCAAAGAACCCAAUUUGCUGUUGACCCAUAUGCUCAGGAGGGUAUCUGGCUUAGGUGGCAAGCCUGCAGAUUCCUUUGAAAUGGAGGAGAUCCAGAGCUUUGAAGAUGAAUCUUUCUGGGGAAAUCCUCUUGAAAGCACCUCAGGUGGGUAUUAGCAAACAUA